ACUUGUCAUACUCUCCUUGGAUCUAUAAAACAAAGACGAUUAUGAUUUAAAUUACAGUUAUAUACGAUUAAAUUAUAAACUUAAUAUUAUGAUUCAUAUAAUAGUUGGCAAAGUGAAAAGAGUGUUGCAAAGCUGUGGUGCAAUGGCUGCAUCUGAGGAAGAUGUGAAACUUUUGGGUUCUGUUGGAAGUCCAUUUGUCAUAAGAGUUCAAAUUGCUCUAAAAUUAAAGGGUGUUGAAUACAAAUAUGUGGAAGAAAAGUUAGGCAAUUUGAGUGAAACACUUAUUCAAUACAAUCCUGUUUAUAAGAUGGUUCCUGUUUUUGUUCACAAUGGAAAACCCAUUUCAGAGUCUCGUGUGAUUCUUGAGUAUAUUGAUGAGACUUGGAAACAAAAUCCUAUUUUGCCUUCUGAUCCUUACAAAAAAGCCUUGGCUCGUUUUUGGUCCAAGUUCAUAGAUGACAAGUGUGUGGCUGCUGCAUGGAAAUCUGUUUUUAUGGUUGAUGAGAAACAACGCGAGAAAGCAAGAGAAGAAUUAUUAGAGGCUCUGCAGUUUCUUGAGAAUGAGUUGAAGGACAAGUUCUUUGGAGGAGAAGAUAUUGGUUUUGUGGAUAUUGCUGCUCUCUUUAUUCCUUUGUUUCAACAAGUUGCAGAGUUUCAGUUAUUCACCAGUGACAAUUUUCCAAAGUUAUACAAAUGGAGUCUAGAAUUUUACAAUCAUCCAGUUGUUAAUGAAAUUAUGCCUUCAAAAGACCAACAGUUUGCCUAUUUUAAAGCAAGAGCUGAGAGUCUUGCUGCUUCAAAUAAAUAGAUGAUAAAUAUUGUGUGAGAAUAUGAACUUCUAAGGUUGUUUUUUUUAGUACUUGUCUUUGUGUGAAAUAUUUGUUGCUUGAGUUUCAUUUCAAGUGAAUUAUAAUGUCUCAUGUGUCAUAAAGAUCCUACAAUAUUGUUAUCGUUUUCGCUAUUUCUAUUAAUGAAUGAAUAAUUUCCUCAA